AUGAAGGAUUUUAAUGGACUUUAUUUUCAAAUAAAAAAUAAAGCAAUAAUACUUUACUUUAUUUAUGCCGCCCAAAAUAAAUUAAAACCAAGUGUUAUAUUAAACAAUGAAGAAUUAAAAGAAUGUGAAAAAUUGUUAGAGGAAGAUGAAGAAAGACCCCUUAAGUUUGAAAAUUUGAAGGGGAAGGAAUUUUAUAUGACUAUCUUGGAAAAUGUUUGUUUAUUUAAUAGAGUUGGGAAUAGGGUUGUUUGUUCCGAACAGAUGUUCUUAACCAAAAAAUUUGAUAAUUUUCGAGAUUUUAGCUUUGGUUUAGAACAACCUAGUUCGAAAUAA